CGUGCAGGUUGCUGGCCACGCAAAACAUGUCUGGACACGCCCGGCUGAGUCGCCAAGCCUCCUUCGCCAACCUCCUGCGAGGAUCCAGCACUGAGUCCAUCUCAACCUGGAUCUCCUCCCUCGGCCGAGCUCCAAGCUUGACGCGAUGCUCAAGCUCGUUUAUACGCCAUGUGACGCCUGAUGCCUCUGCGCCGCUCUCGUGGGCAGAGAGCACCACCAACAUCGAGAUUGCCGCCUCCGACGUCCCCGGGUUUUCGGAGGAGUUUCUGAACCUGACGCGAUCGCCAACCAGGACAGGGCUUGUCGCAGCUCAACAACAGGAGCGGCAGCAGCAGCAGCAGCAAGAGGGGGAGCCGCAGCACUAUCAGCAGCACCAUCACCAGCAACAGCAGCAGCAGCAGCAGCAGCAGCAGCAGCAGCAGCAACACCACGAGCAGCAGUCGUCGGCGCUCACCCUCAACCUCAACAUGGAGGCAGACACCCGCGGUAGUGCCAAGGCCAGCUCGUGGAUGUACAGCGGCACCUUGCACCAGCUCUUCACCAACAUUGACCAGGUGUUCCCUGUCCAAAUCACAUCAUCCGAGUCGGUGCCAGAGUCGGCGAAACUGCAUGUUCAGCUGCAGUUCUCCAAGGAUCCCUCCCACCCCAUCCCUCGCUGCCCAACGCAUCUGGCAGAGGAUACUGCACCACACGCUGAGCACGUGCUGCAGACGACGAUGCCAACUGCAGACUAUCACAUGGACACCAGCGGUCGGGCGUAUCUCGUUGUUCCCAUUGAGCGAUCAAAAGAUGAGGGCCUGCUGUGCCAGACGCUGCUGCUGAAAAUGCGCUGUUUCUCCAGCUGCAGCGGUGGCAUGAACAGACGUCCCGUUGACAUUGUCUUCACCCUCAUCAACGGUGCGCAGCUGCUUGCACAGGUCUCUGUUGCCGUGCGCGUGUGUGCGUGCCCUGCGCGGGACUGCCGCAACAUGGAGCGCCAGCAGGCAAAGCGCGCCGCCAAGUCGCACCAGGGAAAAGAUGUGAGACAUCCGGCGAAGAAAGGAAAGGUGCGUGGCAUCACCGCCAUCUGCAAACGCCAGGAUGCAGACCUUAGAGACAGCGAUACGUUUUCCCUCAACAUCAAAGGCCGCGCCAACUACCACAUUAUCCGCCGCAUUGCAGAGGCUCUCAAGACAAACCAAGUCAAUGUUCCGUGGAAUCGGUCUGCAGGUGCCAUUGUCAUUCCCGACAACAUCCACGAUGUCGCCAGCGUGCCGGAGUUCCUGGCACGACUGGGGUUGACGCAGUAUCAGCCGCUGUUUAUGGGCAGCGGAUUUGACGACCUUGAAGUCCUGGAGCACCUCGACCUCAACGAUCUGUCGGCAAUUGGCGUGGAAGAUGGCAUUCACCAGGACACGCUGCUCUACGCCGCUGCCAAGCUUGCUCGCUCACAGCAGCACCACGGAGAAGGCUGCCGCCCACGUGGGCGAUGCACAAGCCUCCACAGCCCCGACGUCGUCGACACCCACGACCACAACAACAGCACCAUCAGCAUCAGCAGCAACUGCCAUGUGUUCCCAGACACGUCGCAGCAGAUGCAGUACACGACGCAGCCGCACUUUCCCCCGAUGCAGCUGGCGCCAUCCAAUGGCGUGCCACACUCGCUUCCCUCUGCGGCCCCAUCAGUUGCACACGCAGCCAAGCCCAGCAGUGGCCCUGGCACCAGCACCAGCAGCGCUGUUGCCACCACGGCUCCUGUGCAGCAGCAGCAGCAGCAGCAGCAACAGCAACAGCAACAGCAACAGCAACAGCAACAGCAACAGCAACAGCAACAGCAGCAUAGUGGCCCGCUCAUCCACCUUCCAGUCCCUUCUUCGUCCAGUGCUUAA